GGGAGGUCGGAAUAGGCCCAGUUCCUCCUGGGGAUGCAGCUCAUAGGAAGAUCACCUUCCCCUGCUUAAUUAAAGCAUCACUCAGGGCUCCAAGUGAGCUCUGGUCAGAGGCUGCUUUGAAGACAGCAGGGGCCAUGACCACCCUCUCUCCUGAAAACAGCCUCUCUGCCAGGCAGUCGGCCUCCUUCAUCCUGGUGAAGAGAAAACCACCCAUUGACAAGACGGAAUGGGAUGGCUUCUUUGACGAGAACGGUCACUUGGCCAAGUCACGAGACUUCAUUUGUGUUAACAUUCUGGAAAGGGGUCUGCACCCCUUCGUGAGGACGGAAGCCUGGAAAUUCCUUACGGGCUACUACUCGUGGCAGAGUUCCCAGGAUGAGCGGCUCAUGGUGGACAGCACGAGGAGGAAGAACUACGAGGCCUUAUGCCAGAUGUACGAGAAGAUUCAGCCCCUUCUGGAAAACCUGCACCGGAAUUUCAUAGAGACUCGGAAUAACAUCGCAUACGACAUCCAGAAACUCUAUGACAAAGACCCCCUGGGCAAUGUCCUUAUUGAUAAGAAGAGGCUGGAAAAGAUCCUGCUCCUGAGUUACGUCUGCAACACCCAGGCAGAGUACCAGCAGGGCUUCCAUGAGAUGGUGAUGCUUUUCCAGCUGAUGGUGGAACAUGACCAUGAGACCUUCUGGCUUUUCCAGUUCUUCCUGCAGAAAACGGAGUACAGCUGUGUCAUCAACAUUGGGGUGGGCAAGAACCUCAACAUGCUCAACAACCUGAUCAACUUCCUGGACCCCGUGUUUGCUGAGCACUUAAAAGGGAAGGGUGCAGGGACCGUGCAGCCCCUCUUCCCCUGGUUCUGCCUCUACUUUCAACGUGCCUUCAAGUCCUUCGACGACGUCUGGAGGCUCUGGGAGGUCCUGCUGACGAGGAAGCCCUGCAGGAACUUCCAGGUGCUGGUGGCCUACAGCAUGCUGCAGAUGGUGCGCAAGCAGGUGCUGCAGGAGAGCAUGACAGGCGACGACAUCCUCCUGGCGUGCAACAACCUCAUAGACCUUGAUGUUGCUAAGCUGGUCUCCGCUGCCUGCACAGCCUACGCGGAGCUCGUCCAAAAGGAUGUUCCUCAGCCAUUAAAGGAUUUCUUUCUCUGA